ACAAUAGACGUGCGGGAGAACAAUAGGAUUCGACAAGUAAUACUACCCAUCUACACACUCGCUCCACGAGCCACCGGUCGCCAAUUCAUCGUGGCUGCGAUCGACUUGUUGAUGCAGUUGAGGCUCGAGAAGAGAUACAAGGACAGGGAGAUCGUGCUUGUGGGAGAUUCUGCCGGCGGUUUUCUCAGCCUGCAAUUGUUCGUUACUCUGACGAACAUGGCUUGUCCCGGAGGCGACUUUGACUACGCUGGACAAGCCGAGUUGUUGGAAAGAUACUCGCUUGAUGCGAUUCGGUCGCUGCGAAGCCUUGUGACCACCGUCAUCUUGUUCUCGGCCAUGACAGAGAGCGAUCCUCCCGAUGAAGAUCGACGGAUCGAAACGGACGACCCUGCCUUACGUAUAUCUAUGCUUCGCGUGGUCGCGAAGUUAUGGGCAUACGGAGUGAAAGCAUAUCCAGACCGCGACUUCGGCAUACCAACAACCAUGCAGGAGGCCCAGACAUACGAUUUGCAUCCUCUCAAUCACCCUGCGCACUCACCUCUAGCCGGAAUAGAUUCGCUAGCUCGAUACAUGCAAGCGGAUAUCGCCUCGUCCCCAGCUACGAUCGUUCACUUUUGCGGUACCCACGACGUUUUGCACCCAGGCAAUGUCAGGUUGCACGAGCGAUUACUGGCUCUGGGACCGUCUAUAAUCGAGACCGAAUUUCAUUCAGUAAGUCCGUCGGCUUCAGGCCUAGGAGAACCCUCAAAGCUCAAUAGAACGCUCGAAACAGUUUCCUGGGCUUUUCCACGUGUUCCAAGGGCUAGACUUUCUGCCCGAGUCUAAAAAAGUCUGGCGUACCAUAGAAAGGAUCUUGAUGUGACGUACUUCUUGGUCUACGUUUUUCAUGUCGCGAUUAUAUUUUCGCGAAAGAACGCAUACAGGUCGCGCCGCGGAACCUUGGCGUUCAUAGCAUCCACAUUGGACCGUGACCCACAGCAACGAUAGAGGA